GUACAAAUACAAUACGAAACUGUAUCUCUGAUUUUACACUUACGCCAUGAAUUUUCAAACAUUUUCAUGAAUAAGGAGUUAAGUAUUUCAGUUAGGUCUUCAAGAUGUCGGUUAGCAAAACUCGAUCUACUUGUUACUGAGUCAGAUAGUAAAUGGAAUAUAAAGUUAACCUUACACGUUAAAGAAAUGUUCGUGAUAAUACUAUUCUUCAAAAACUAACACAUAUUCGUGGACUAUUAAUAAUAGUACUGUUUUGUCACCGUAUACCGUACGUAACCGUCACUUUUGACCAGUAAAACUCGCAAGCUUCUCUUUGUACAUUUGAAGAAUCACUCCUCCUGACUCAUGAAUACUGAAUGAAUUCUAUGCUUCUUUUCCAUUUUACACACAAGAGUAGCAAUUACGCCUGUCAACCACCGUUGAUUAUCGAGUCUAUCUAGUGCAAAGAGAGGUGCAUAGAACGAAUAGGCACCUGGCAUGAAAACCUUGAGUAAAGUAGGUUGUCGACAGAUCAAAGUCAUGUAACGUGAAAUUAGUAAUCUUAUAUGCCCAUAACGAUCGAUCUCAAGAUCCUUGUGCAAGUUCAAAAUCAUCAAUGCGCCGGUACUCGAAAUUCGCGAUGUCUUCGAAACAGAGUAAAGACCUUUCGCUCAUUGCAACGUCGUUUUAUAUGAAAGUGGUCGGGAUUUGGCCAGCAAAAGAUAACGACGAGAAACAUCGGAGAAAUUUCGCCUUUAUUUACACAAUCUGGGUUCUAAUUUUCUCCGUCUGGGUUGAAUCGACGCAGAUUUACUAUGAAUUGGGAGACUUCAGUGAACGCAUUUACACCAUGAACAACCUCGUGACUCUACUUACGGUAAUGUUCAAGAUAUUUAUCUUAUUCACCCACAAACAGAAAUUUCUCGAGUUGAUUUUGUACUCGAAGAAGAAUUUUUGGCAUUCGAAUUACGACCCCUACGAGAAAACGAUUGUGGACAAUUGCAAGCAUAUCUGUACUUCUCUCAUUUGUAUCUUCUCUUUCUUUGCGCAAGGCACAGCUAUUAGUUAUGCAGUAGGGCCCAUUAUUGCAAAUAUUGGAAAAAACGACUCUGACAGGAUACUUCCUUUUACAAUAUAUCUUGAUUUGCCAUUCACCACGACACCGUUUUUUGAGAUGACGUUCGUAUUCCAGAUUGUGACUCUAUACCAUAUCGGGGUAGGUUAUCUCUGCCUGGAUAACUUCCUGUGUGUCUUGAAUCUACACAUAGCUAGUCAGUUUCGUAUAUUACAAUACAGGAUGAAAAACCUAAACUUAAUGAAAGACGAAACGAACUUGAAAGAAGCUUCGUUUGAGAAUUCUUUCCAUCAGGCAGACAAAUGUCUCGAAGCAUUUAAAAUAUACGUUAAACAACAUCAGGAGCUUAUAGAAUACUGCAAUAAAGUCCAAGAAGUAUUCACUGCAGUCGUGCUGGGACAAGUGAUAAUCUUUAGUUUGUUAAUAUGCCUUGAUGGAUAUCUCGUUCUUUUGGCUGAUGCUAGUCUAGGAAGGCGUCUAAUUUUCACAUUUCACAUAACGGGCUGCAUGUGCCAGCUGUUGAUGUUCACCUACAGCUGUGACUGUUUGAUACAGGAAAGUUCACAAAUAGCUGCAGCUGUCUACGCAGCACCGUGGACACAGUUGCCUAUGAACAAAGAUGGAAGUGCGCUACGAAAGGACUUAAUACUUGUCAUGAUGAGAUCUAGAGUUCCUUGUUGCCUAAAUGCUAGUGGAUUCUUUGUUGUGUCCCUCGAAACGUAUACUACGGUUUUAAGUACCGCUGUAUCGUACUUCACACUACUAAGAGAAUAUUAAAACAAAACUUUGCGUAUGUAUGAACAAAAAU